GCUCAGCGUUUUUUUCAUGUGACGGGAUGAGGUCAUGAGAAGGCGGGCCCAGUGGGAGCGAGUGGCCGCCGAGGAGAGGUUACAAUGAAGCUUAUAAUUCUAGAAAAUUACAAUGAGGCCAGUGAAUGGGCUGCAAAGUACAUUAGGAACAGAAUAAUCCAGUUUAAUCCAGGACCAAAUAAAUAUUUCACUCUUGGACUUCCCACUGGAAGUACUCCGUUAGGAUGUUACAAAAAACUGAUUGAAUAUUGUAAGAAUGGAGAUCUCUCUUUCAAAUAUGUAAAAACCUUCAAUAUGGAUGAAUAUGUAGGUCUUCCAAGGGAGCAUCCAGAGAGUUACCAUUCCUUCAUGUGGAAUAAUUUCUUCAAGCACAUUGACAUCUCCCCUGAAAACACUCAUAUUCUGGAUGGGAAUGCAGCCGACUUACAGGCAGAAUGUGAUGCCUUUGAAGACAAAAUAAAAGCAGCUGGAGGAAUAGAACUCUUUGUUGGGGGUAUUGGUCCAGAUGGUCAUAUUGCCUUCAAUGAACCAGGGUCAAGCUUGGUAUCCAGAACUAGAGUGAAGACAUUAGCUAUGGACACAAUAUUGGCUAAUGCUAGAUUCUUUGAAGGUGACCUUUCCAAAGUGCCCACAAUGGCUCUCACAGUUGGAGUGGGUACAGUCAUGGAUGCCAAAGAGGUUAUGAUUCUGAUCACAGGAGCCCAUAAAGCAUUUGCAUUAUACAAAGCAAUUGAAGAAGGGGUAAACCACAUGUGGACUGUUUCUGCGUUUCAGCAACAUCCACGAACCAUCUUUAUAUGCGAUGAUGAUGCUACUCUGGAGCUUAAAGUAAAAACUGUGAAGUAUUUUCAAGGGUUGAUGCUUGUUCACAACAAACUAGUGGAACCGCUCUAUAGCAUGAAAGAAGUUGGAGCAGAAAGUCAAUCUGAAAAAGCCUACAGUGACUAGCGCCUUUGAGCAACUGGCUAUAUAGAUUAUUCUGCUACCAUUAUAAGAAGUUGGUGGAGACAAGUCUUUCAAGAUACAAAAUACAUUAUUGGACUCAAUUAUUGAAAAGCAUCUUUUUUUCUACCAGGUGCAAGAGUAGGAUGCAACUGCAUCAAGCAAUUUCAAGUAACUCAGGACUAAUUACACAUCAGUUUCCUACUGUUUUAAGAACAUAGACCAAAUGAGGUAACAGCAACCUCAUUUUCUUUUUUUAAAAAAAAUGGUUUUAAGAGUUUCUGGGAUAGGGAUGUUAACAUUAGAAUCGUAAUCGUGUGUAGAAAAAAAUCUGCAGGACAUGAAUUUUUCAUUACUUUUUGCAUAUUAAACAUAAAUGUUUAUGAAUAA